AUGGAGAUAGAAAACCAGCAACCAGCGCAGACCCUCUCUGCUCUCAUGUCGUCGGCCGCGAUAUUGCCCCAGAAGCGCAAGGCGCCACCCGCGGAGGGAGAGCUAUCUCCAGGAACGUUUGGUAUGACCGACAAUCAGAGCGUCUCGGUUGGUACUGUCGAUUCUCAGCUUCCCAAGGGCGAAUACGAGACUGGACGCGUCAUAUGUGAGGCGUGCGGUGAAGGCAUUUCGUUCAGGGAUGAGAUAACAGGUGGUUUCACGGUUAAGCAUUGGGAUGAACAUCGUCUCCAGUGUCCAAAUAUUUCUCAGCAAGUUCAGGACGCGACUGCGCCCAGUCCGGAAACCCAGGUCGACGCGUCUCAACCGCCAGCCAAAAGACGACGUGCCAAGCGAUCGGAGGAGGAGCGUAUUGAUUAUCUUCGCUCUGACCCUUAUGUCGCACAAUUUGAGGCAUAUCGCGUUCUGUGCGCGUCCUGUGAUAAGUGGAUUCGCUUGCGGCCCAAUUCCACCUAUUGCUCGAUUCCAUGGGACGCUCACCGCAAGAGCUGUUUGGCGAAGAAAUUCGCUAAGAAUGCUUCCCCAACGGACGAUCGGAGCAACGUAUUUGUGACCGAUCCUCUCGUGCGCAAGUUCGAUGCAGAGCGCGUCCUGUGCAGAAAUUGCGAGACAUGGAUUCGGCUGGGCGCGCAUGAUAACUUACUGGCUGUCAAGAAGUGGAUGGAGCACCGCGCGGUUUGCCAGCAAGAGAUUACGAGUACUUCAGCUGCACCGCCCUCCGCCGCGAACAUUCCGACGAUCGACAGUGUUCCCCCUCCUCCGAAGCAUCUUCUGGCUCUCGCUUCUUCAUCGUCAUUGCCGCCACCCGUUCCGGCAGGCCCUCCCUCUCCUACCGUGAAUCCGAUCGCAGUACAACCUAUGUCCAAUGGUGUCGCUACAGUUCCCCAGCCUUCUCCUUCUGCUUUCAAGGACCUUAACCCAUUGAAUUUCGGCCCGGCACAUGAGAGCAGGCGUCGAAACGCAGAGCAGCGCGCUGCGGCACUACGUUCUGAUCCCUUGGUAGGCGAUGUCGAGCCCAACCGCGUCUUUUGUACACUCUGCCAGAAGUGGGUCCAACUGAGACAGGAUAGUUCUUAUUGUGCCUAUCCCUGGUUGCAGCAUCGUGGAAAGUGUCUCAACAGGCAUCAGAAGAGGGCUCAGAAAGACGUGGAAUUGGCUGCGUUCAGGGCUCAGCGUACACUGAGUGUGACUGCAACCCCGUCGGUGGGUGCGGACGACAGCGAUGGGCCCGAGUCUGAAGAAGGCGUUGAAUCAGGCACAGAGGAGGAGAAAGGCAGAAGGCGUGCAGAGAGGCGCGAGGCCAGGAAGAAGGCGAAGGCCGAGGCUCUCACUCAACUGCGCCAGGAAGAUGAGGAGAAGCAGGGGGGGGUUGGCGUGUCGAUGUUCGAUAUCUCCGGGUAUGACGACGACGCGGAUGGAGAUUACGAUAUGGACCCGGACGUACUGCGGCCUCGAUACACGGACCUCGAUUCGCCCUCUGGACGGUUUGACUUCAUCUUCGGGUCCGUCAAACACUUGUUCAAGUCGACGUUCGAUCAGAAUGACGAGUUAACCAUCGCGGCUUUAGUCACCUACUUGAACGCUGCCAUGCCUCCGGACAAGCAUGAAGACUACGAUACCGCGGAAGUAAUCAAAGGUGCGAUGGCCCUGCACGAGCGAGGAGACUUCAUCUUCCAGGGCGACGUCCUCCGCGUACCAAAUUAA